AUGCCAGCGGACGGCCACUGCCGGAACGACCUGUAUCGCUUUGACGGAUCGACCGUGCUUGUUAUCAAUACCGAUCUCACGUACACAGACACACUCCAGACGUUCUGUACUCUCCUAUCCGGCGACCGGCGAGACGCUGUCGUGAGCCAGCCGCUCUUGCGGCAGCCGCCAGCGGAGGCCGAGCGCGUCGCGUAUCGAUCGAGCUCGCGAUCCGGGCCGUGGAGCCCACGAGGAAGACUUCGUCUGCUGAGACCGAGUCCCGACGCUCGACGACACAUCUUCUCUCAACCCGCCGGGACGCAAAACGCUCUCGACGAGAGCGACAAGAAGGCGUCUGCACAGCAAGGAGCAAGCCGCUCGUCGGACAGGCUUGCUCGGACGCUCGAUAACGGCGAGUGCAUGGCGCACGCCUUGGACGGUGGCGAAGCCAAAAACACCGGCAGUGGCCAUCCGCUGGCGUGA